AUGCCCCGUGUAAAUGCUCGACUUGCCGUCAACAAUUUCGAGACCCCUAUGACCAAAGAAUGUUCGAAUUCAAUUACACGGCAAUACUCACCGACGACGAAGCCAGUGAAUAAUCAGCAAAUCUAGUCGCAAGAACACGAGAAAAUCUGCAAUACCUUCGAGAGCAAUGCGAGGUCAAUGGAAGCCUAAUUGUGAAACGCUGGAAGAAGAAGAGCAGCGAGAAACGCAAAGUCCUUCUGUCUCUAGUCGAUCCUGAUAUUUACCCGAACCAGUCUGACAUACGCUUCUCUCAAGAAUUCGUAGGGUUGCCAAACAUAAAGAAGUAUUGCCAGCUCCAAAUUCCCUACGCAGUUCCAGAAGAACACCGACAAGGAAAUGUGAGGCGCCCUUACCGAAAUAUUUGCUUGUUACCUUAUAUCAACUUCCAAGGCCUGAAAGACAACCCUGCGAAGUUGCUGCAUUUAAUUUACAAUCGAAUCAAUUACUCGCCACAACAAUGGGCUCCUUUCGACAAUUAUCUCCUCGAUAAACAAUGGAACAUAGGAACAUUUGCUACAGUGUAUAACAGAAGUUGCAUUAUUAUGCAUGGAACGGAUUAUGGAAAACUCGUCCCCUGGAACGAGGACUUGGCUCAUACUUGGGACAUUGUCGGUUUUCCCAGAGCGAACCUUGUUCUAGAGGCACAAAUGAGGCUUUCGGAGUUCUUGAAAGGGGUUGUGGAGAGGCUUCUUGAUGGCAACUUUAUAUCAGAGGAGAAUUCCGGAGGAUCUUUUGACCAGGCUUUUGCAUCUGGGUUGAAAAAAGUCACUGGUCUCUCGAAUUGUGUUGAAUUUGCUUCAAAGUUGAUCAAUCAACCAUUCUCUGCACCGCCAUCCUUCAACAUCAGCAGUUUUCGUUCAAUUGCAGAAUCCCAAAAAAACUUUCAUGCAGAUCAUCUAUGGUUGUUGCAGACCGACCCAUUGUCCAUGAGGCAUUAUGCAGCCAAUCUAUUAAACGGCGUCCAACGAGAGAACAUGCGGCGUCCGCAAAAGAUGUACACAAUAUCGAUAAUGCUUAUGAGGAAUUUGACAUCACUUCAGAUUUGGGAGUGGAUUGAAGAGGAGGUUCAUAAACUGGGAGCGUUUGAUGGACAGAUUAAGCCCGGCAUAGUACUUCACCCAACUUAUGCACACACGCUUGCUCGUCUAACGGCAUUGCUGUCUCAUCUCAUCCGAGAUGUGGCAGGAUUCUGCUUAGUUGCCAUCCAGACUCGUCCCGGAUUUCGUUCUGAAUAUAGGAAAGAGAUUACUUAUUUUUCGCGCUCUGUAGAAAAAGUCGUCCACCACAGGAAGGACGAUCUUACGACAAUUGAGCUUUAUGAGAAGGACCCCUUGCAAUUCUGUCUGUUGGCAUUGACGGAGGCAUCAAUGGUGUCCCUAAAUGAUACUUCCAUUGAUGCACUUUAUACAGUCUCGCAUGAGCCUGUUGAGAUACUGGCUAUACUUGAGGACCAUCUUACAAAGGCUAGGGAGCAAGACGCCAGUAGGCUAGAUGAAGUACUCUACGCUUCAUUCUCCGACCUUUCAGCGCUGCAUCAAAUUCUUUUCAUGGUGAGACUUCACCAACCACGAGUGCCAACUCUCUCGAUUGAAGAGGCCAUGAAGGAAAAUGAGGGUAAAGCAUGGCGAUAUCUGCGAGCAGGAUAUCUAGAACAAGACUGCCUAGGCCCAUGUAACGUAGAGACCGAAGACGAGAGGAUUCAGGCUUGUAAGUUAUUGGGAAAUUUUAUGGAGAAGUUCCUGAAUACAGAAAAGCCAACAGGAGUAAGUGGACCCCAUUAUAUUGGUAGUCGUUACUAGAGAAAGGCUAAUUCAGUAUUCGCACAGUCCAAGGUAAAUCAGAAAUGGCUCGACCAAGACAAAACUCAACGAGCUGCGUGCAGUCAAUUUUGGGCACAAAUACGAAAGAGAUAUCGACAAAUCCUUGAGCUCAUCAAACUCGGAGAAGAUGACAUUAGCAACGAUCUCAUGGUUCUGUCUGCCGAUCUAGAUCUAAAGCAAAUCUCCGAGGUUCAAAAUGAGCAUGAAGAAAUUAUGAAAGCGAUUGUCUCUGUAAGGACACAAAAGGUGGAGAAAAACAACACGCCAAAGGCUGAACCGAUUCAAACGCAAUGGGGUACAGAUGCCCAACUCGAGAACAAACCCUCCGCAUUUGGUGUGAAAGUCAAAGUCAAGACACACACAGAUAAUUUUGCUAUGGAGGCCUUAGUAGAAUGCACCGAGAACAACGAAGAAGAAGCAUUGCCAGCGAUCAAGGUAGCAGUAAGUAAACGCGCCCUUGACACCCUACAGGCAUUGUACCAAAAGCCCAGCUUCGAAGAGCGCACAAAAAGCAUCGAUUGGGUUUCAUUCGUUCAUGCAAUGAAUGAAGCAGGAUUCAUUGCGAGACAGAUACACGGCUCUGAAUAUUCUUUCGAACCGGCCUCAACAUUCCCAUGGUAUGGACGUGGCAAAAUUGUGUUUCAUAAACCACACCCGGAACCAAAGUACGAAGCUUGGAAAUUGUUGGGAAUCGGGAAGCAAAUGAAAAAAUGGUUCGGAUGGGAUGCUGAUACUUUUGAGUUGUUAAGAGGCAAGAGAGAAGGAUAA